AUGACGGCCCAACGAUGCUUGGAUAAUCAUCCAGAAGAGGAGUUCCCCAGCCAGAGCAAAGUGGUGAUCUUCGAUGGCUCUAAGAACGAGAGCUUCACCCUCACCGAGGGCUACUCCGUCCUCUCCAGACGUCUCAAGAUGGAAGGCUUCAAGACAUAUAACAACAACGGAGACAUUUCGCCGGAGCUGUUGUCGAAGGCGGGAAUCUUUGUCCUGCCGGGACCGAGAGAGAAAUUCACAGUCACAGAAAUCAACCACUUGCGCGAGUUCGUGGAUCGCGGUGGCAGCAUCUUGGUGACGAUGGGCGAGGGUGGAGAGAAGAGCUAUCAGACAAACAUCAACUUUCUCCUGGAAGAGAGGGGGAUAAUGGUCAACAACGACGCUGUGGUGAGGACCGUGUACCACAAGUAUCACCACCCGAAGGAAGUGCUGGUGUCGAACGGCGUCCUCAACAGGUCCAUCAGUGUGGCCGCGGGAAAGAGCAUCCCCGGCAAGAAUGCGUCUGGCACCAACAACGCUCAGGCAUUGUCGUUCCUGUAUCCUUAUGGCGCUACCUUGAACGUGGCCAAACCUGCUGUCGCUGUACUCUCGAGCGGAAGUGUGUCUUUUCCUCUGAACCGUCCUGUUUGUGCCUUUUACAGCCAUCCGACCUCGAACGGCAAAAUCGUGGUUUUGGGCUCAACGCACAUGUUUUGUGAUGCCUACAUCGACAACGAAGAAAAUUUAAAAAUUUUGAAUGUCAUCUUCAAUCAUUUAACCACCUCCGGGCUGCAGCUCAAUGCCAUCGAUGCCGAGGAUCCAGAAAUCUCGGAUUACCACACAAUUCCGUCGAUCGGACGCCUGGCAGAGAAUCCUUUCGGCUGCCUACAGGAGUGUGAUGAGAUCCCUGCUGACCCCUCGGUGCUGUUCCGCGCCACCCUCUUUCAGUUCGACAACAGAGUGCUGCCCAAAGUGCUCAAGGCUUACAAGGAACUGAAUAUGAAGCACGAGCCGCUGAAGCUCAUCAUGCCAAGAUUUGAAACACCACUGGCUCCGUUACAACCCGCGGUGUUUCCUCCCUCGUUCCGCGAAGUAGAGAAGCCCUCCCUGGAACUGUUCGAUCUUGACGAAGCGUUCAGCACGGAACGGGCCCGGCUGGCCCAACUGGCCAACAAGUGCACAGACGACGACAUCGAGUACUUCAUCCGGGAGUGCGGAGACGUACUGUGCGUCGCCGACAAGCUGGCCUCGGACACCAGGGACGGGAAACACAUCCUGGAGUACAUUGCCUCGCAGGUGGCAGAGUUCAAGAAGCUCAACCAGUGAUCGUGCUCCUUUCCGGAAAUUCAUCUGUGGAUGUGUUUAGCUGUCAGACAGCCGAAAAGAAAUGACUGGGCUCAAUAUCGAGAAGAGUACUUAAUCCUUUGCUUGUUGAAUUUUUUAAAAAGUUUUUGUCUGGCUUAGGUUUACUUCCUUUCAUUUCUUUG